AUGCCGGCAGCAGCAGUGAAGCCCGCCGUGGAGGACAUGGUGGCGGAGGGGGCGGGCGUGGGCGAGCGCGGGGCGUCCCAGUGGGAGGCGCCCGGGCUGGGCCGGGACAGGCCGCCGUUGCCCUCCCUGAAGGUCCCCAGGGAGCUGCUGCGGCGCUUCCCCCACUCCAAACGGGUGGGCUCCUACCUGGUGGGGAAGAUGAUCAACAAGGGCUCCUUUGCCAAAGUGAUGGAGGGGCUGCACAUCGGCACGGGGGAAAAGGUAGCCAUCAAGGUGAUCGACAAGAAGAAAGCCCGCCAGGACUCCUACGUGCUGAAAAACAUGAAGCGGGAGCCCCGAAUCCAUCAGAUGGUCCGACACCCUCACAUCGUGGUCCUGCUGGAGACCCUGGAGACGGAGAACAGCUACUACAUGGCCAUGGAGCUCUGCGCCGGGGGAGACCUGAUGGACAGGAUCUGCGAGAGGAAGCGGCUGGAGGAGAGGGAGGUGCGGCGCUACACCCGGCAGAUCCUCUCCGCCGUGGAGCACCUGCACAAACACGGCAUCGUGCACAGAGAUUUGAAGAUUGAAAACUUCCUCCUGGAUGAGCACAACAACAUAAAGAUUGUAGAUUUCGGUCUGAGCAACACUCUGAAAGCUGAAUCUUUAUCGCUGGAGCUCCUCAGCACCCAGUGUGGAAGUCCUGCCUACGCCGCCCCCGAGCUGCUCGCUCACAGGAAGUAUGGGCCCAAAGUGGAUGUCUGGUCUGUAGGUGUAAGCAUGUUCGCCAUGCUGACCGGGACUCUCCCCUUCACCGUCGAGCCUUUCAACAUCAAACAGCUUCACCAGAAGAUGGUCAGCGGAGAGAUCAGCAGCAUCCCGGCGGACAUCAGCAAAGGGGCCGUGACCUUUGUGCUCUCUCUUCUGGAGCCGGAUCCAGAGAAGAGACCCAGCGUCAAGGCAGCCAUGGAGGAGAAAUGGAUCAAUGAGGGAUAUUCCAAGAGGCCACUGCACACACUGUCUCAUAAAAACAGACUGUGCCCAGAGGAUCUGAACUCGUCGGUGCUGGCGUACAUGACGGAGACGCUGGGCUACUCGCUCUCCGAGAUCAUCAACACGCUCACCACCAACCGGCCCUGCGCCAUCAUGGCCGCCUACCACCUGCUGCUGAGCAAAUUCAACAGGAGCCAGAAAGGGGCCAAGGCCGGCAAGAACAAUCCGGCCAACGAGAAGACCUCGAAGCAGUUCGGUCGACCUCUGAGGACCCAGCAGACGACUGACUGCCGGAGCACCAGGAGGAGGACCGAGGACGUCCACAGGAAGGAGCAGAGAGAGGAUGACGAGAACCGCCCCCCCUCCACGUGUCUCCCUCAGCUUCCCCUCUCCGUGUCGCCGCCCGUGCCCCCCCGCCUGGCCUCGCCCUCUGACGCCCAGCAGCCGGCAGACCACGGGGCGACGGACGAGGAGAUCGCCAUCACCGUGGACACCAGAGAGGUUCUGUUUCCAGAGGUGCCAGUGUUUGGAGACAGGGAGCUUGUCCAUCUCUCUCCUCCCAAAACGUCUGCGUCCCAGCUCUGUGACUCCGCCCCCUGCCAAGUCCCCUUACCGCCGGAGCCAAUCAGAGACGGCUCGUCCAGGCCCGUCCGACACACGCACCUGCUCAGGACGACGCAGUCAGAUGGGGCGGAUCCCGGCUCGGACUGUUUCCAUGACGACCGACGCCAGGACGACUCUCAUCACCGGAGCAUCGACGAGCGCCUGGAGAAGCUGCAGACGUUCUACUCCGCUGACAAGAACGGCGUCUCUCCCAGGAUGCUCCUGGAUGCCGAGGCGCACUCUCCGGAGCGAGCGCACCUGGGCGCCAUGGAGACCGCGCAGACCUCGCCUUCCGCCCAGCUCCCCCGCCUCCGCAACCUGGCCCUGAAGGACGGACGAGGCCGGAAGAUGACCUGGCGCCGGGCGGCGGAUCUGAACCUGCCGCUGCUCCCUGCAGCCCUGCAAGGGAAGGCCGACAGGAAGAACCAGCUGCACAGCAUGGAGUACUGA